GUGACAUUAACUCACUGCCUGUUAGAGAGCAUGGGAGCAAUUAUAUUUCUCCUGAUUCUGGCGCUUCUCAAGGACCAUGGUCAUGGAGCUCCACAGAAAGAUAUCGAUGAGUGUAGUAACAACUCACUCAUCUGUGGGGACAAUUCAGCUUGUUUCAAUACUGUUGGUAGCUACUACUGUGAGUGUCUUACUGGGUUUAAGGACUUCGCUGGUGCCACUCGACAAUGCUUGGACAUAGAUGAGUGUGCUGAGAACCAACAUAUUUGUGGGGAAUGGGACAUCUGUCUCAAUCAGGUGGGUAGCUACCAGUGCAAGUGUCCCACAGGAUUCAGUAACUACAACUACAGACGAACUCACUGUGUAGAUAUCAAUGAGUGUAUGGCCAAUCCACAAAUCUGUGAGGACCAUUCAAUUUGCCUCAAUACCAUUGGCAGUUACUAUUGUGAGUGUCUUACUGGGUUCACAUUACAGCCCACAAAUAUUGCAACUGGACAGUGUUUGGACAUUAACGUGUGUAACACAGAAGGAGUAUGUGGAAAGGGGGGCAUCUGCCACAACCUGAAUGGCAGCUACUGGUGCCUGUGUCCUGCUGGAUUUACUAACUUCGGCAACAACCAAACUAAGUGUGUAGAGCUUAAUUGUGACCAGUAUGAAACACAGCCUGGUCAGACUCUACCAGGCUUUGACAGUUUCGUGUCACUGUUGAGAAACAACUGUUUGAUGUUGACCAACUAUUCUGCCCUGGAAUUGCGUUCCCGUGCAAAACUAGACAGAUAGCUAACAACUGAGUCUUCAAUAAAACUUCCAAGGCGUGACUUUUCUUGAACGAAUGUA